AUGCCCGAUGGCCAUAACAUUCAUCCAGUUGCCGGCCACGAUGAUUACUUCAUCCCCUUGAAAGAGCAAGCCCCGACGUCCAACCCUGUGGAGGUGAAUCGAGCACAGAAGAAACAGAAGCGAUCACUGGCUGAUACCACUCAUCAGAAGACCACGGAGGCAUUGGGCCUGAUGGACUUCUUCGUCAACACCGGUCUCAACUGGGGCAUCGAGUUGACACKAGAGGGAGAUGAGCUUACAGGUCACCUCAAUCGCUUCCUCCCUGGUGGCCUGUAUUAUCAUUUCAAGAACAAGCUCACUGAUUACUUGGUCCUUGACUUCAGGUCCGUCUCCAGGAGAAUUGGCAUCAUCCAGAAUCCCCCAUCCAAUGUUGAACACCUCUGGCACAUCUCAUACUCCGACAAGACUGCUGAGCUUAUCGUAAAGCCCCAUCUUGGUCAAGAAUUCUCUUUGAAGUUACGGAGCAACAUCACUGACGACGUGAUAUCAAACCAACAGAAAGUGGAAACUCCGCUCUCUGCUAAA